UCGUAUUUAUAGAUAACAAGGUAAAGCUAACACCAAGAAAGUUAUUAACAAAAUCACUUGAUCUAAGCCUAGAUAGUUAAAAGUUAUAAGGAAAAAAAAAUACAAGAAAAAGAAUAUUUAGUGUGAGUAAUAAGGCAAAUGUUAAUGCAAUAAUCGGAGUGAUACGAAGUUAACGUGAAAAGAAAAGGAUGGGUAUGAGGCGAAAAAGUAGUAGAAAAGAAAAGAAAGAAAGGGACGGGGGCAGAAGUGAGGAAUGUGGAAAAUUGAGGGGAGAAAAAGGAAAUUAGUGAGAAGUGAUGAAAAUAUCAGAAAGUUUACUGUAGUGAAGCAAUGAGAGUGUGGAUGAAGAGGUUGUGCGAAAUAAGAGCUGGCUAAUCUUUCGAGCAGGCUUUUGGUUUUAAAAGCGAAACACCCUAACGUCCACACAUCUAUCUCUUCUCUAUAAACAUCACUCACGACAUUCCCCCAAAAACUCAAUAUAAUGUUGAAAACACUCUACUCUCUCUUCCCACUGCCAACUCAAUAUCAUUUACAUGGAUGCGUUUGAGAGUUCAGACCCGUUUUCUGACCUGCAAGAUUUGUGGUCAUCAUCUUCUUUAUCCCACUUCGGAAGCUCCAGCGCUGCUGCUGACUCUGAUACCCAAGCCAACGUGAUUCUCGCCUGCAACAGCCCCAAGAAGCGUGCCGGACGGAAGAAGUUCCAAGAGACGCGCCACCCAGUGUAUCGCGGCGUGCGCUUGCGGAAUUCCGGCAAAUGGGUUUCCGAGAUCAGAGAGCCCAACAAGAAAACAAGAAUCUGGCUUGGCACCUUCGACACCGUCGAAAUGGCCGCACGCGCACAUGAUGUCGCCGCCAUUGCACUCAGAGGCCGCUCCGCCUGCCUCAAUUUCGCCGAGUCCACGUGGCGCCUGCCCCUUCCGGCGUCUUCCAGUGCUCAGGACAUUCAGAAGGCUGCGGCCGAGGCAGGCGAGGCCUUCCGUCCUCAGCCGCCUCCCUCCCACACCGACGCCGCCUUCACCGACAAAUCAUUGCUCGCGGAUGAAGACGGUGUGUUUGGAUUGAUGUCCGAUAUGGCGGAGGGGUUGAUGCUGCCGCCACCACCUCUCUACAACAAUGACGUCGAAAUGGAAGAUGAUGAUAUGCCACUAUGGAGUUACUCUAUCUCAAAUCAUUAAAACCGUGUUCUACUUUAUUUAGCAACAAACAAGGUCAAUAAGCAUAUGAGGAAUAUCUAUAUCAUAUCCCCCUAUUGUGUUCCGGAGGCAGCUAUUGCAGGUUGCAAACAACAGUGUGUGUUAUGGAAAUAAGAGACAGCAGAUUCGAGUGGUAUGAACUGUGAAGCAACUAUUGAAGAACAAAGCAAUUUCCUUGUUCAAGAAUAUUUAAUCUUGUUAGAUUAAUUUCAUCAGAUCUGAAAGAAACAUAGCAGAUCUACCUUUAAAAGGAUAAAUGUUCUGAUAUAAUACUCUCUCCAUGUACGAAAAUAUUGGUCAUAAUUUUUUUUGGUCCAUCCACAAAAAAUUAUCACUUUUAUUUAUAGUAA